GCCCUCCUCCUCCCCGCCACCGUCACUCGUUCCCCUGGAAGCCGACACAAACCAGUCCGCUCUGCGUCUGCCGCGCUGGCUGCAGGGUUCAGAGCCCCUCCAGGGGAAUGCACGGCAAAGUCCGCCGCGCACUGCGCAUGCUGUGCUGGAAAUCCGUCUUUUAACGACAGCCUUCCGACCCAGACCAUGCCCGCUCCCCUUUGAGCAACCCAAAGGCUUUUUUUUUCUUCUUCUUCUUCUUCUUCUUCUUCUUCUACAGACAUGUCCCACCAGCAGCGGCUCGUCCAGCUCUCCGGAGCUUCGCUCGCCGUCGUCUUCGGCCCGGACGGGGAGAGUUUGCGCGCCGUCGAGGGGAAACCCAACGCCGACGGUCCGAGUGGCCAAGAGAUCUUUGCCGAUUUUAAGGCGCAAAACUCGCGCAGUUUCUGGAACAAGAGGCUCGUUCGGGCCAUGGCCGAGGUGUACUUUCAGGGAUGGAUGGAAAACUUGGUGCUUUUCAUUCAGGGGAACGCCAACAACUUGGAGGUGCUGAGGGAAGCCUGGAUGCGCAGGGCUCUGAGGUCACCAAAGGGAUUCAUUAUUAAAGCUGUUGGCGACCUCUCCCCGGUGCAGAUGUCCUCGGUUCCUCAGUCGCAGUUCAUUCCCUUGGCUGAAGUGCUGUGCUCCGUCAUCUCCGACAUGAACGCCGCCCAAAUCACCGUCACCCAGGAGGCACUUGUCAACUACAUGAGCAAAGCCCAUCCAGGCAUAACCAUACCCACUCAGGACAUCCUCCACAACGCCCUGGGAACUCUGAUCAAGGAGCGCAAGAUUUACCACACAGGCGAAGGCUACUUCAUCGUUACACCUCAGACCUAUUUUAUCACCAACACCAUGGUCCGAGAGAAGAACUGGUGGACCUCCAGUUCAACAGAUGACCCUCCUGUGGCCCCUCCUGUGACUUACCUCCUGAGCAAUGAAGUCUGUGUUGAGAGCGCUCAAACAGUCCCUGUGGCCCACUGCAGGUCAUGCAGCUGUUUCAGCCCUCACCAGAACUCCCCCAACACCGCUGCCACGACUGAAACGGCCACCGUCCCUCCCUCCACUGUUCCUGACCAGCAUUCUGUGUCCGUGUCCAUAAGCGAAUGCACCGGAAGGAGUUUAAAGUGGCCCCGGGCGUCAGACCACAAACCCUCUGUGCAGCAUCAGUCCACAUCCACAGCGGCAGACUGUCAGGCCAGUGAGAUCAGCAAAACGACUGCUACUACAAACGCCACAAAUCGGAAAGAAAAGGAUAAACCCGGGAGGAAGUUUGGUCUCAGCUUGUUCAGGAGGAAUGGAGGAAAGAAGGAGAAGCCAAAGAAGGAGUAUGCAUCGUUUUCGGGGCAAUUCCCACCAGAGGAGUGGCCCGUAAGAGACGAGGAAGACUUGAACAACUUGCCCCGAGACCUGGAGCAUGCCAUCAUCAAACGCAUCAACCCUGAACUGACUGUGGACAACCUGACGCGCCAUACGGUCCUAAUGAAGAAACUAGAGGAGAGGAGGGAAAGGGGAGUGGACAGGAUUUUGGAUCGAGCUCUGGACAGUAAAGACAAGGGAGUCGACAAGGGAAUGUCAACCGACAUCCUAACUCUCUCCAAACACAGACAUCACCACUUGUCUAAAGCAGCUGGAGGGAAAAGGUCGUCUCAGAAGGCUUCUCGCAGCAAGAGGAGGGUCCACUCAUCUCGAGAAAAGCAAAGGGAAAGGGACAGGGAGAAGGUUAAGAGCAGGGCUCCCGUAUGUUCCGACAUUUAUCCAGAUGAGGAGGACUUGAUUCCAACACGGCUUAGGGAAGAAAUCCCCGCUGAUGUAGCAGAUCAGGUGGAGGAGGCUGGGAAUGCUGAGGGGAAGUGUCUGUACAAGAAGCGCAUUGACAAUCCUUUCCAGACUUAUCCAAUCAAGGAUGCUGAGAACAUACCUCCCACCAACAUGGAUCACAGGAGACGAGAGGUCAAGGAGGGCAAAGCAUCUGGGUCUGGGAGGAAGGAUCGCACCAGUCACCGCUCCAAGUCGUGGGACCCUCAUCGGGCAAAACUGAUGGCAGCAGAUGGAGAGGAUGGCCAGAAAUUACCCCCGUACAAGGACAGAUACGACUGCGACCAUGAGAGGGACUUUGUUGUUGAACAUCUACUCCAGCCGGACAAGAAGCUUAGUAGAGAGCUUGGUCUGGACUACAGCUCGGCGUAUCUACAUGGCAGCACGCUCAGGAUCGGUGAUAAGGUUCGGCAUCAGGAUGAACAAAGCAACAGGGAGAUUUGGGAGAGAGAGGGCAAAAAUGGACAUUUUCAGGAUGUGCAGGAGUACAAAAGUGUAUCGGACCAAAGCAAAAUACAAAGUAACAGCCUCAAUAACAUCCAGCACCACUCCAAUACGAAUACUGUUGUCCCUGCCCAUCCCUAUCAGCCCGUCAUUAACCCUGCACAUGAUCCAGAUCUGCCUUGGCCCAAGCCCUCUUUACAGCGCAAACAUUCCCUCCGACUCUCCGGUCAACAAAGGGACGAUGCUCCAAAGCCAAAGGAGCCCUCCGUGACUGCUGAUGAUCAGCACGAGACCAGUAGAGACAUUAACACCGGGGAGGUUGUGGAACUGAAACCUGACGCCACGCCGCUGAUGGCAAACAGUGACGGCUUUAUAGAAGAUGACUGUAGGCUCUAUCAGAGAGCAGAUGGACCAGAGGAUGAAGAUGGCUGCAGCUCCCUGUGUCUGAACACCGAGGAGAUGACUGAUGCAAAGGAUUACCAAACCGGUGUAGUAAGCCAUCAUGGUCACCAGCUGGUUUACAGUAACACUGAAUCAAAAAUGCAUCAACAUUCCUAUUAUAAAGCCAUGUUUCAACAGCCGCAAGCUGCCUUCAAAGAAGACUCAACAGAGAGUGCUUUAAAAGAUCUACUUCCUCCCUUAUGCCAGAGGGAAGCUUCCCUCAUAUCCACAAGACCAGCAGAGAGCAGCUGGAGACUGCAUCAUCAGAGAACUAGAUCCCCAGGGACGUUCUGUGACUCAAGUCCUGUGAGAGGUCCAUUGGGGGGGAAAGGUUGUGGAUCCGUUCUAGAUGCCGACUGUCCAGAGGCAUGUGAAGGUGCAGACAGCAGUAUCUUUGACUACUGCCAGGCCAGCGAGCUCGAAUCGGACUCGGAGACUGUCCGAAAGUCAGCCGACGAGGGCGACGGUGGCUCUGUGCACUGGCCUGUGAAUGUGGAGGAAGUGCGGCAGGAUUGCUUUGAUGAGAAUGGUGUCCCUCAGACCCACAGGGCCAUCAAGAGCCCACCCACUGGAACCAGAAGAGCAGAGGAAAUGGUGGAGAACCAGAGCAUCACUGGAGACAGUGGUAUAGAUUCCCCUCGGACCCGUGUCAGCCUUGCAUCUAGCAACACUGUUAUCCUCGAAGGUCUCAAGAGGAGGGGCUUCCUGCAGAACCUGGAGAAACUGCAUUCAAAGAGCAGCACCAUCCGACCGCAGAGCUCACUGCUACAGCUCACUCCGGUGAUGAACGUAUAGCAGAGGACACUUCUCCGACGUGCAUGAAAAAGGCUUAAACCACACGUCUGAUGUAUGCGAGCGCUACAUAAAGGGAUAGACCGUCACUAUGGUGCCUACCUCCACGUAUUGACACACAUGACAACACAGGUCUGUGUAAAAAUGUACAGUGAACACGUUGAUUGUAAAUAGCUUUGAGAAAUCUGCUAAAAUAUAUCCAGGCUUCCUUGUGUAUGUGCUGUUAUAUAGUUUUCAUUUUAUGCAAUUGAAAGUUUUUUUUCCCCCCAUUGUUUCAUUGGUUCAAUUGUGUAGAGAAAGACAAUAAGUUGUCCAAAUAUUUCAUUCUUUUUGUCUCGAGUUACAAAAAUAAAAUCGUAUAUUCACCAAGA